AUGGAAACAUGUCUGGUGCAAAGCAAGUGCUCAGUAAAGGUUAACCAUUAUCAUCAUCAUCUUUUAAGAGGGGGAAGGCUGCCGCCUGGCUGGCUCUGCGGCUGUUCAGGAGGCAUGAGGACUCUCUGGGGGACAGCUGAGCACCUCGUCAGGACCGGGUGCAGAUUCUGGCACUUGGGACUUUCCAAGGCCCUUGUCCCACUUCAGGCUGCCUGGGUCGCCUUCUCUCAGCCUAUCCCAACCAGCUGUGGCCAGCUGUUGACCCAGCUCCUCCUGUGUGGUUCCCUGGCUGCCGCUGCUGCCGGUCUGGCCCACCAAUGGUUGGUGUCCUUGCUGCUUUAUCCUCUGGGGCCCGCGGCCAUGGUGUCUACUGUUGGUGGCCUCCUGGUCUUCCUGGGCCUGGGCCUGGUGCCUCCGGCUCGCUGCCUGUUUGCCCUCAGUGUGCCCACCCUGGGCACAGAGCAGGGCCGUCGCCUGCUCCUGUCCUGGAGUACUGCCACCCUGGCUGUCACCGUGGUGCCCAACGUCUUGGCCAAUGUGGGCGCAGCUGGACAGGUGCUGAGGUGUGUCACGGAGGGCUCCCUGGAGAGUCUGCUCAACACCACGCACCAGCUGCAUGCAGCGUCCAGGGCUCUGGGUCCCACGGGCCAGGGCCUGACACUCCAGGCCCAGGGCAAUGGCUCUGUCUUCCGGCGUCACAUGCUCCGGGUCACUCAGCAGGUCCUGGAGGACUUCUCUGGCCUGGAGUCCCUAGCCCGGGCAGCAGCACUGGGGACCCAGCGGGUGGCCACAGGGCUCUUCAUGCUCGGCCUCCUGGUGGACUCAGCCCGGUAUCUCCACUGCUACCUGACCGACCUGCAGUUUGAUAACAUCUAUGCUACGCGGCAGCUGGCUCGGCAGCUGGAAGAGGCCCGGGCCACACACCUGCUGGCAUCUCCACCGGCCUGGCUACUCCGGGCGGCUUGGCCGAGGCUGUCCCAGGGGGAGCUGCUGAGCUGUCUCCUGAGGCUGGGGCCACUCACCCUGCUCCUGAUGGCCACAGCUGUGACGGUGGCCACAGACCACGUGACCUUCCUCCUGGCACAGGCCGCCGUGAACUGGGCUCAGAAGCUGCCUGCUGUGCCCGUCACGCUCACGGUCAAGUAUGAUGCUGCAUACACCGUCCUGGGCUUCAUCCCCUUCCUCUUCAACCAGCCGCCGCAGGAGAGCCCCUCCUUCUCAGCCCACAACUCCUUCCAGUGGGAGCUCCGCUUCACCUCCCCUGGCUGCCCUCUGCUGCCCGCCCAGCGCCCCCACACGGCCGCCCCGCUGGCCGCGGGGGUCCUGCAGCUCGUGGCUUGUUCCAUGGUCCUGCUGGAGACCUACGCCCGCAGGUUGCGGCACACCAUCGCAGCUUCCUUCUUCAGGGCGCAGGAGGCGAGGAGGGUCCGCCACCUUUACGCCCGACUCCAGCGGAGCUAUGACCGGAACCGAGACCAGCAGCCGCUCCUGCGGACUCCUUCCUGAUCCCCGCACCCGGACCUGCCCGCAAGCACCCAGCAUGGAUACAUAGGCCUGCUGCACAGUGGACGGACACGUGGAAGAACAGACAAGCUUGCAGAAGAGAGGGAAGAUCUUUGG